AUGAAGUCUGGCGAAAAGGAAUUGAAAGGAGAAUUGAAUCUUGAUGAAUUCACUAACUUAGAAAAUUUGUGUAUUAGGCAAAAGGAGAUUAGUAAUAUUAGGUUAGAAAAUAAUGCUAGUCUUGUUGAGUUAGUUAUUAGUGGAAGUGAAAUUAAAGAACUCAGUUUAAAUUCCCAACUCAAUUUGAAGUUAUUAAGCAUUUCAGAUGCUAAUCGAUUACUUUUUAUCGAUUUAAGCCAAAAUAUAAAUUUAACCUCAUUUUUAGUAGAGUAUUGUAAAGAGUUAAAAAAAAUAGAUGGUUUGGAUAAGAUAACUAAAUUGACUUUUUCAUCUAUUAAAAAUAAUCCUAAAUUGAUGAAUAUUUCUGAUUAUGAGAAGUUUUGUAUCCCUAACACCCCGCAAUCGAAUAUUGGUUUACCUAAGGCUUGGAAAGAUUUUUUUGAUUGUCAUUUAGAAGAAAUAAACUCUCGACCAAAAAAAGAUGGGAGAGGGUGUUUUAGUUUUGGAGGUGGUGAAUCAGAGGAUAGUAGUGAUGAGGAAACAGAAAGUUCAUUACAAGAGAAAAAUAAUGAUGAGAUUGAAAAUGAAAGCAAAAAUAAUUAUAUAUAUACAAAUACUAAUGAUAUGGUGCAACUCGGAGACGAAUCGGAUGAAGAAUCUGAUGAUGUGUUUUUUAUUUUUACAAACGGGAGUAGUUAUCGCGAAAAUUUUGCGGUCGUUUCUGGUUGCGAUGAAGAAUUUUUGUUGUUUAAUCGGGAUUUUUUUGCUGGCACCGAGUGUAAAGACUCUUUUCAAAAAGGAAAAAUCUAUAAACUUUGUUUUUCGGGAGAGUUAAAGAAAGAUUCCAAUAAUGUUAUCAAGUCGGUUGAGGGAGGAGGAUUUGAAAUUAAUGAAAUAUCAGAAGUAAUUUCUUUCGUAAGAAAUACAUAUAAAGAGAAAGAAAAAAUUUUGGAAAGAAAAAAUGCAGUGGAAAAGGAACUGCAAGAAAAAAGCAAUACUAUACAAGAGAUAAAUAAAGACAGAUUUGAGGCCAAAAAAGAACUGGCUGAUUUGAAAAUAAAAUUUGAUAGUCUUCAAUUUGAAAAAACCAGGUUGGAAAGUGAAAGAAUAACCCCAGAAAAAUAUAAAGAACUUCUUGAUAUUCAGAAAGAUUUAAAAACAAGUUUAGCGGCAAUCAAAGAAGAAAAUAAGGCUUUAUAUAAUCAAUUGGAAAAGAUUGAAAAGCAAGAUUGA